AGACUUAGGUCUUAAAGAUAUGUAUAUAUACACCCAUACAUUUAUAUAUUAAAAGUGAAUAAAAAAAUUUGGCAACCCUGACCCAUAUCGCAAGAAUAGAAAACAAAAUAUAGCCGCAAAUAUCAAGUAAUUUAUAUUUAAUGAAAUUGUGUCAAGUAUGUAACUAUCUCCACAAAAGAAAAUAUUGAAUCAAUCACUUGAAUAUAAACAGAUAAACGCUGAUAACGCUUUGAUAAGUCUUGUGCUUGUUUAUAAACAAUCGUGAACAGAAAUUCAAUUGGGAUAUGAGCAGAAAUUAAUAACAUUUGACAUAGUCUAAUAAGAAGAGCGGCAUAUACCAGACUUAGUGCGUGUAACUAAAUUUAAUAAGAACUCUAUUGGAUGCCUAGAAUUCGCCUAGAAUUAAAAGAACUAAUACAAACUUACUUAAUCCACUGGCUUACAACCACGACUCUGACUCGUGAUAAGAAAAGAAUUUGCACCAUAAACGAAGAACACGAGUCUGUCUCGUGUUAUGGCCCCUCCUACUGUUUUGGUAACAGGUGGUGCCGGCUACAUUGGUUCACAUACGAUUUUAGAAAUGCUUAAUGCUGGCUAUAAUGUUGUAUGCGUUGACAAUCUCUGUAAUGCUUAUAGCGCUGGUACAGCCAAACUACCAGAAGCUUUAAUUCGCGUCCAAGAAAUUACUGGUAAAAAAAUUCAUUUUUAUCGUGUCGAUAUUACCGAUCGGGAACAAUUACGUGGCGUUUUCCAAGAGAACAAAAUCGAUAUAGUAGCGCAUUUUGCGGCUUUAAAAGCUGUUGGAGAAUCCGUCCGUAUUCCGUUACAAUAUUAUCAUAAUAACCUGACCGGAACCAAUGUACUGUUAGAAGCUAUGGCCGAUAAUAAUGUUUUCAAAUUUGUAUAUAGCUCCAGUGCGACUGUCUAUGGGGAACCGCAAUUUUUGCCAGUUACUGAAGAGCAUCCCACCGGCAAUUGCACCAGUCCGUACGGAAAAACCAAAUAUUUUACAGAAGAAAUAUUAAAGGAUCUUUGUAAAUCGGAUAAGCGUUGGGCUGUUGUCACAUUACGUUACUUCAAUCCAGUAGGUGCGCAUCCUAGCGGUCGCAUUGGUGAAGAUCCCAAUGGAGAACCUAACAAUUUAAUGCCUUAUAUAGCCCAAGUAGCUGUAGGAAGACGUAGUUGUCUACAAAUUUAUGGCUCGGAUUUUCCAACCAAAGACGGCACGGGCAUAAGAGAUUAUAUUCAUAUCGUUGAUUUGGCUGAAGGUCAUGUUAGAGCUUUAGAUAAAUUACGUAACGUUGCCGAAACAGGGUUUUUCGCAUAUAAUUUAGGCACUGGCCUAGGCUAUUCUGUCUUAGAAAUGGUAUACGCGUUUGAAAAGGCCUCUGGCCAAAAAAUCAACUAUAAAUUAGUAGAAAGGAGAUCGGGUGAUGUAGCGACUUGUUAUGCCGAUGCUAGCUUAGCGACUAAAGCUUUAGGCUGGACAGCUGCGAGAACUAUCAACGACAUGUGUUUGGAUACUUGGCGUUGGCAAAGUAACAAUCCAAACGGUUACGCUGUUAAAUGAUUUCGAUUUUCAACUCAAUUUUAAUUAUUUAUUUACGAGUUUUAUAUAAUUUUCUAUAUAUAUUAAAGUCAAUUGUCUUUCUUCUCUAGUGAAUUGACCAUCAGUAAGAUGAAUUGCAAUCUUUAAAAACCCAACGCAUAUAUGCUUACAUAAUUAAGUUAUAAAUUAUAUGUUUGCAAACAAGUUAGUCAUCACUCUGUUACAUAAUAGCUUUUCCAUGUUCCUUUUGUUUCUUUUACCCCAUUUACUUUUUUGUUCAUUUUUUAGAUAAUUCUUUAUAUUGAUUACUUUAGCGCAAUUAUUCGAUGUCAUUGUAAUGACAAAAUAUUAAGAAAAAGAAUAAUAAGAACUGUGUGCAUUUAAAUAAUAAAAUUAUUGUGUAUCCUGUUUUC